AGACAGUUCUCAAUAUAAUUGUCUUUCUUUCUUUCUUUCUUACAAUAUAUUAUAGAAUUAAUUAUAUUCGAACUAACCAUGGCUGUCAGCUUGGAUGCGUCACCGCCUGUCACGGAAAUGCCUGAGAGAUUCGCGAAGGCUCUGGAAUUUAUUGAGGAGAUGACUAGGAAUACUGACGUGGUGCAGGAAAGGGUUUUGGGUGAGAUACUUGUCCAAAAUGCCGACACUGAGUAUCUGCAGCAGUUUAAUCUGGGCCGUUCGAUUGACCGGGAUACCUUUAAAUCUAGGGUUCCGGUCAUCGGCUACGAUGACCUUCAGCCUUUUAUACAGCGUAUAGCCAAUGGCGAUCGCUCUCCCAUUUUAAGCUCCCUUCCUAUUUCUGAAUUCCUUACAAGCUCCGGGACUUCCGCCGGAGAACGGAAGCUGAUGCCGACAAUCAGCCAGGAGAUGGAGCGCCGGCAACUCCUGUAUUCCCUUCUCAUGCCCGUUAUGAACCUGUACGUGCCAGAUUUGGACAAAGGGAAAGCCCUCUACUUCCUCUUCAUCAAGGCCGAGACCAAAACUCCCGGCGGCCUGGUGGCCCGCCCGGUCCUGACGAGCUACUACAAAUCCGACCAGUUCAAGACCCGUCCGUACGACCCUUACAACGACUACACCAGCCCCGACGAGGCCAUUCUCUGUUGCGACUCCUUCCAGAGCAUGUACACCCAGAUGCUCUGCGGCCUCCUCAUGCGCCACCACGUCCUCCGCCUCGGCGCCGUCUUCGCCUCCGGCCUCCUCCGCGCCAUCAAGUUCCUUCAGACCAACUGGCGCCUCCUCGCCGACGACAUCGCCGCCGGAACUCUAAACCCUAGAAUCCACGACCCCGCGAUCAAAAAUCGGAUGGCCCAGAUUCUCCGACCCGACCCGACCCUGGCCGAGUUCAUUACCAAAGAAUGUGAAGGCGACAACUGGGAGCGGAUCAUUACCCGGAUCUGGCCCAACACCAAAUACCUCGACGUCAUCGUCACCGGCGCCAUGGCGCAGUAUAUUCCACUCCUCGAUUUCUACAGCGGCGGGUUACCUAAACCCUGUACGAUGUACGCCUCCUCGGAGUGCUACUUCGGGCUCAAUCUUAAGCCCAUGGCCCGGCCCGAAGACGUGUCAUACACCAUCAUGCCAAACAUGGGCUACUUCGAGUUCAUCCCCCAUGACUCGGAAAACCCGGCGAGGCUGUCACGUGACGCGCCGCCGCGGCUGGUGGACUUGGCUGACGUGGAAGUUGGGAAGGAGUACGAGCUGGUUGUCACCACCUACUCUGGUCUGAACCGGUACCGAGUCGGCGACAUCCUCCGGGUCACCGAGUUUCAUAACUCGGCGCCGCAGUUCAAGUUCAUACGGCGGAAGAACGUUCUCCUCAGCAUCGACGCCGACAAGACCGACGAGUCGGAGCUCCAGGCUGCCGUGGAGAGGGCGUCGUCUCUGAUCGCCGAUUUCGAGACGACGGUGGCGGAGUACACGAGCUUCGCCGACACGAGGACGAUUCCGGGGCAUUAUGUGGUGUACUGGGAGCUGCUGGUGAAGGAUCCGGCCCACGCGCCGCCGCCGGAGGUUCUGGCAAAUUGCGCGCUGGCGAUGGAGGAAUCGCUGAACUCGGUGUACCGGCAGUGCCGAGUCGCCGACAACUCGGUAGGGCCGCUGGAGAUUCGGGUGGUGAAGGGCGGGACGUUCGAGGAGGUGAUGGACUACGCGAUCUCGCGCGGCGCGUCGAUCAACCAGUACAAGGCGCCGAGGUGCGUGACAUUCACGCCCAUAGUUGAACUGCUUGACUCACGCGUGUUGUCGGCGCACUUUAGCCCUGCGGCGCCGCACUGGACUCCCGAGCGCCGUGUUUGACUUCAUUGACCGAUUAUCUCACCGGGGAUUGAUGACGUGGCGAAACUUUCCAUAUGUAGGUACUUCGAUCUCAUUUCAUCGAUGGACCAAUGUCUAAAUAUAUAUAUAUAUAUAUGUAUCGUUAUUUCUAAUUAUAGUUGUAGUAAAUUAUGGAAUAAUUACAGCAUGGUGUGAUGUUUCUGUGGAUGGACUGUAUGUAUGUAUGUAUGUAUGGAUUGAUGGUGCUGUAAACUAUG